GCACCAGAUUGGAGGGAGCUGCGGUGGAAGGCAGGCUGUCGAGGAGUUGAUCAGGUGAUCAUAGAGUUGGUAGCAAGUGGCCUGAUGAUAUCUGUGGGCAUCUACGCAAAGACUGCAUCUGAGGGAGAUGCAGUGGAUUCUCUGAUAACGGAUCCCGCAUUGAUCCUGAUCAUUGUAGGAUGUUUAAUGUUCUGCAUCACUUUUCUAGGCUGUACUGGAGCACUGCGUAAUAAUCAAAUUCUGCUUAAAAUUUUUAUGGGAUUCCUCCUGUUCAUCCUGCUGUUUCAGAUAAUAGGUGCUGCACUUGGCUUCAUAUUCUCCAAAAAGGUUGAAACGAAAACUGUGGCUUUGUUCAAGAAAGGGAUAAUCAGAUACAGGGAUGACCUGGACCUGCAAAAUCUGAUUGAUUUCAUCCAGAAAAAGUUCAAAUGUUGUGGGGUGUCUGACUAUAGGGACUGGUCUUCGAAUGUGUACUUUAGUUGUCAGGAUGACAAUCCCAGUCUCGAGCGAUGUGGAGUGCCAUUUUCUUGUUGUAUCAUGAACACUGGUGAGAUUGUCAACACAAUGUGUGGUUAUGAGACUCAGUCAAAGGAAGCUUCGUCAGCCCACAAAAUAAUUUACAUGAAAGGAUGCUUGGAGAACAUCGUCAACUGGGGACAUGAGAACCUGAAUUUUAUUGGUGGAGUGUGUCUCAGCCUGCUUUUGGUGGAGGUUGCGAUGAUCGUAUUGGCAGUGGUGUUACUCAAAAAAAUCAAGUACUUCAAGAAACGAAAAGCUCAAAGUCAGACUACAUCGUAACCUCUGCUUCCAGGACCAGGUGUCAUAUCGCAAUGUCCAGGGAAAGAGCAACAGCUGGUCUUUGUGAAGAUCUCCUCUGACUGUGACGGACCUUUACCAUUAUCGUAGAGUUAUUUUACUACCGAGCAGUGAUUGACAGCAGGAGCCCCAUACCAACUAUAUUAGCUGUCCCAGUUGUGAUAAACUGAUCAGUUGGAGACCUCCUACUCUACAUUGCCCAUUACUUUAACAGGGCCCGUGGUUAGGAUGUGAUCAGGACGUUCUCCAUUCAUUUUGAGCGCACAGUCUCUACAAGUCAUUGUUCAGUAUCUAAUCUGGAAAUCCACACAUUAGGCUGGAAAUUCAUGUGCCCCAUUGUUCAGCAAUGGUCUGCCAUUCACAACCUGCCCAGACCUGGUGUGAAUGCAUUGGGUAUUCAAUCUCUCCAGCAGUAAUGUGUGUUCAGGUAGAUUCUCCACACUUUCUUUCUCCUCCCUCUUCUUUUCCAUGUCAGUGGCUACCUCUGUCCCCCAUGGCAUUGUGCAGAAUAUUCAACAUAAUCUCUCCAGGCCGCCCUUCUUAAAGACAAGCUAUCUCCCUUAAAGGCGAAAGUGAGGACUGCAGAUGCUGGAGAUCAGAUUCUGGAUUAGUGGCACUGGAAAAGCACAGCAGUU